AUGGAUACCCAGGGCGCCUUCGAUAGUCAGACCACGAAGCAACAGAGUGCUACUAUUUUCGGCCUCACAACAGCACUAUCGUCAAAACAGCUGUACAACAUUCAAGGACGGAUCGGUUCGGACACUGUCGAGCAUAUGCACUACUUUGCCGAAAUGGCUGUGGCAGCAAGUAGGCAAGGGUAAACAUUGUUCUUAAUUAUGAUUAUGUCAAGAUGAUGGUUUCAUUCGUGUUUGCAUCAGAUGUCCCUUCUGCAGAGCCACUAGACGUAAAUUGAGUUGAAUGUUGCUGGUAGUUGUUGCUUGUCAAGUUCAUACGAAGGUUGAUGAAGAAGAUCGACAAUUGAAAUCACUCCUCUUCGAUCAACACAGGCAAGCACCCGGCGAAAAGAAGGCAGACCAACCAUUCCAGUAUUUGGAGAUGGUUGUCCGAGAUUGGCCCUCGUUUGACGACGAGACGUGGGAUGAUGACGGCUUGUGCAAGACAUAUGGCGUCAGAAAAAAGCCAGAAGACAGGUGGUCUGUAGACCUCUGCGAAAAGCAAAUGCAGUGGCACCUGGAUCAGCAUUUUGGUACUGAGGAGAUCUCUUUGCAGGAUGCUGAUAAUCUUAUGUGACUGAACUACAGUUCAAUUUCGAGAGCGGGAGAUUUUGAGAACAAGUAGAACUAACAUGCUAUAAAUUUUCUCAUUUUGUUCCAUUUCCUUCCCCUGCCAGGUAACGUCUUCUAAAAUAUAGUAGAAGAUAGUCAUGUAGUAAUUGAAUUGGAAUCGGUAUGUCAGUCUUUACGCGGGUGGUCAACCCCCUUUUCACCCACGCGUCCUCCUUGGGGCGAUCUGCUAAAGCUUGCGGCCCCACCAAAUGUGGAGGCGAAGCGGCGGCAUCCUCUCCUAUCCUAUCCUAUCCUAUCCUAUCCUAUCCUAUCCUAUCCUAUCCUAUCCUAUCCUAUCCUAAUCAAUGUUCCAUGUUAUGAAAUUUUCUCAUUUUAUUCCAUUUCCUUCCCCUGCCAGGUCCCGACGUUAAAGACCGGGAGAGUAUCGAUACUCUCUAUGAGAUGUUCGGGGAAGUCAAGUCGUGGCUCUAUCCAGCGCCAGGAUUGAAGGUACUUACAUACUGAUAUAAUUUGAACAUGUUUCAUCUCGUUCGUAACGGGCAGCUCGAAUGGAAUGGUAUCAACCAUUAUAAUUCUUCUGUGUCUACUCGUUCUCGUACACGUUUACCCAGAUAAAGGUCAAAUUCAAAUAAAGGUUUGCAUUCCCAUUCCGCUUCCCACAGGUCUCCGAAAGUAAAAAGCGAAGGUGGGAUGGCACAUUAGAGGAAAUUGACGAGGAUUUUGUGCGGUUUGUGGAUCUUCAUUGCCGCAGAACUUUCGGUGACAUCCGAACACAGCGAGUCUUCGGUGUGGAUCUCUCACCAGAUACUUUUGCUGAUGUUGUCGAGACACUGGUUGGCGCUUUUCAGGGUAUGGAGGUGUCCCAAAUGAGCAUGGUCGAAGCCAUUGGGAAAGCAAAGAAUCUAGUCUCAAAGGACGAAGCAUCAAAUUAUGGCUUGUCGACCUAUAGUAGAAGAUAGGCAUGUAGUAAUUGAAUUUGAAAGUCAUGUAGUAAUUGAAUUUGAAAGUCAUGUAGUAAUUGAAUUUGAAAGUCAUGUAGUAAUUGAAUUUGAAUUGGUAAUGGUAUGUCUUUAUGAAAAAUCAAUGGUUUUCUACCACGCGACGUACUUCUCGUCUUACAGAGAGAAAUAUUUAUGACGUAGCGACUACAACUUCAUAGUGCUUUGCAUGUUCCUCUCUCUAAGCGCUAGUCUACAAGAAGGACAUGGAUAAAGUCUUGGCUGCGGUUUCAGCAACGACAGGCAAAGAUCCGGAGGAGCUACAAAAGGAGCAUACGAAAGCUUGGAAAAAGGCGAUGGAAGUAUCUAUUACAAAAUAUUUAAACUUAAAUAGUUGGUUUUGACUAUCAUUCUACUGGCAAGGCUAUUCCUUGUCCUUAAUUGAUCGCAAAAAUCUAGUCCUCUCAUCACUAUAUUAAGUUCUACAUUGUGAACGCUGUAGGAUGAAAAUGAAUUGUCCUUCUCCUUCUGCUCCUCCCUCUGAGCACCGUUUUGCGUCGUUUUGCAUCAAUCAAGCAAUCACUUAGCUGUUUCUUUCUCCAGUUCUACGACCAUUCUGCCACUUUCGGCGCCGUGGAGGAAAUCGCUUCCUCCAAAGAAAUGCUGCUUGGAGAGAUCGACUCCCUUUGGGCGAGUUAUCAGGAGGAUAAUAAGCGAAGAAUGGAGAAGGCGUUGACUUCAUUUGCAGGCCUUGUUUGCAUUGCGGUUUCAUCGUUCGUCAUAGACAAGAUGUCAGACUACACCUGCGAUUGGUGGUCAGAUACGUGCCAGCAAAUGUCAAAGAUGCUUGUCAUGUUCUACACAGCCGUCAUCGGAGUGGUGGUUUGGCAGGUAUACUUGGCAACUUGUCAGUUAGAUAGAUGAUGAGCUUGGUUUUCUGUCGUUUGAUGACAGUGAGAACCAAAGUAAUAUCCAAUAGUUUUUGUUUCUGACUCAUCUUUAAAAGCUGCAACGAACAUAUUUCCCUCUACGACAACGAAUUUCUCUCUACCUCCCUCCAAGACACCACUUUAUUCUUCAAAAUACACAUGAACAGGCUUACAAGCUAAUGCAGACCCGUGGACAGGCUGCUGUUGGAAUCGCACUGAUCGAGCUCGGAAAGCAAUGUGUUGUGAUUUCGCACAAUUGUAGUGACAAAGUGGUCUUCUAUGCGAAGAACGUGGAUACUCUCAAAAAAGACGCGUCCAAGGCAUACGAAUUUGUGCAAAAACAGUACGUCCAACCACUGUUGUUGGAUGGUGCUGCAGCUGCGAGGAGUGCUUCACCAGCGAAAGCGAAAUCCAAAGGAAAUAGUCCGAAAAGUAAGAAGAACGAGUAAGAAGUCUAAGGUGGAGGCGUUGCUCUUGGUCUAGCAGGGUUAGACGCUAAGUCGAUAAGUCCUUUAAUGUCGGAAGUGGUCGAAUUUUCCUCCUUCGUAGCGUCCGGUCAUUGACGGAGGAAUCGUUUUGUUUCACCCUCCUCUCUGUUUUUUUUAUCUCCCACGAACGGCGCAGAGGCUCUUCGAUGAAGGCUGCAGUAGACCUGGGAGCUCCCGAUUCGGAGUCUGCGAAGAAGGAUCCCGAUGAAGACCAAUCUUCCACCCCCUGAUCUGAUCCCUGCCUCUGGAAAUAAUAGCUCAGGCAUGAACAAAUAACAUGUACAUGAUUCAACCAACAUGAAGGUUCAACACGAGUACUUCAAAAAUGAAUAUCGACAUUUAAUGUACUUAACCCCAACCACCGGUGAGGCAGGACAUUGCUGAUGCGUUUUGUUAAAAUGGCGGAUCUGCGCAUGCGCUUGUGCAGGUGUUCAACGUAGCGCAUGAUCAUGAGUUUUUGUAGGAUAUCUUGGCUGCUCCUGUUCCAACGGUCAUUCAGAAUAAUGGCAUUAGGAACGCACAGAUGACAUCCUGUUGGACCCCACCUUCACUCCUCCUAAUCCUGAAGGUGGACAGCUCCUAUCCCAAAGGUGGGCAGCUAUAAUUUGGUGGCGUCCCUGCUUCUCUUGUGCCGCGUAGAGUAUCAUAAGAUUGUAUUUCCAUGAUGAACUCGGACUCGCUGAAAAAGUUGUUAAAACGAAAUAGUUGUUAAGACGAACAAAAAGAGAAAAAGCCUCCACGAUACUUCAGCGUUUGUGCUCUGAUAAGCUAGGGCCGCGUUGAAUACAAGAUCAUUAUACUGGUCCAGAUAAUAUAGCUAAGUACGCUAAGUACUUAAUUAUGCAGCACCAAGUCCUCG